GCGGGGCCCUCUGCCACCCGGAGCAGCGCGUCAACCUCCACGCGGGGGCUCGCAAACGCCAGGGGCGCUUCUAAAACACGCAGGAAAAGACGCACUGGGUCCGGGGGCUUAGCUUCCCUGGGCCCUGUUAGCCCAGCCUGGUAAGAAGAGGACUGUGCCUGUCCCUUUAAGGCUGACUCCUGUUCUCCUUGGAGGGAAAUAAUGUGGUCACACACACAGUUGGGACUUACCCUUUUGAACUUCCCCUUCUUUCCUUAACAGUGCAUACAGGUACCAAGUGUCCUCUACCUUGUGCGAUUCAAGGGCUGACCCGAUACUUCUAAUAGAAGGAGUCCAGUGAGAAGGCAGGCUGUUAGAGACCCUGGGAUCCCGAGGGCACGAUCCGGAGAUGAUUAACACGCGCUGGAAGUCUGUCCCGAGUUCACACAAGUGGCCUGACAGGCAGUUAUAGUUUGUUAACCUCCACAACUCUUGGCAAGGCUUCAUAAAAGCAAGACCAGUGUUUGCCCUGGUAAUAACUCUGCCUCACCCACUAGAAUCUAAGCUUCCUGAAGCCGCAGACUUUUAUUUUGUUCAGGGUGCGUGCUUAAAGAGACGCACAGAUUUCCAGUUGAGAUCAGAGUGGCAGCCAGACCCUUCCUUCCUCAUGAGGAGCAGCAGCUCUUGUCAACAGCAUCACUGACAGAACCUGUGUUUUGGAAAAGGACUGAUGGCUUUGAGCCUGGGUGGGAGAACAUUUGCACCAUUUCCUGUGAACCACUCUGGUGUCUUUCUGAAAGCUGUGAGAAGCAAUGGUCUUCCCUUGUUUCCCUGGAGCCACAGCCCCUGGAGAAGAACUGGAAAUGUUUUGGAUCCUGAGAUGAAAGCUUUCCUGGAAGAGAACACUGAAGUCACCAACAGAGGCAGCCUCACUCCUGAAAUCCGGUUGCGGCUUUUGACGCCAAGAUGCAAGUUCUGGUGGCAAAGAGCUGACCUGUGGCCCUACAGCGAUCCUUACUGGGCAAUCUACUGGCCAGGAGGACAAGCCCUGUCUAGGUAUCUUUUGGAUAAUCCUGAUGUUGUCAGAGGAAGGUCUGUAUUGGAUCUUGGGAGUGGAUGUGGAGCUACAGCUAUUGCUGCUAAGAUGGGCGGGGCAUCGAAGAUCUUGGCCAACGACAUAGACCCUAUUGCAGGAAUGGCUGUCACACUGAAUUGUGAAUUGAACCAACUGAAUCCUUUUCCAAUUUUAACUAAAAACAUUUUGGAUUUGGAACAAGAUAAGUGGGACCUUGUUGUGCUUGGAGACAUGUUUUAUGAUGAAGACCUUGCAGACAGUCUUCAUCAAUGGCUGAAGAAUUGCUUUUGGACUCACAGAACUCGAGUACUGAUUGGUGACCCUGGGCGACCCCAGUUCAGUGGACAUGGCAUUCAACAUCAGCUGCACAAAGUGGUAGAAUAUUCACUUCCAGAGCCUACUAGGAAGGAGAACAAUGGAUUGACAACAAGCACAGUAUGGGAUUUUCGGCCUUGAGUUGUCCAAGUGCUUCUAAGAUGAACAUAGCUAUGUUUGGGUUUACUCCUAAGAGACCUGCCAGUUUAGAGCAUGCAGUUCCUGUUAAAUGGCAAAUCUUGUUUCCAAAAUGUGAAGGCUUAAAGUUUUGUCAGCCGUUGUCACGUAGUUCUGCAUUAUGCCAAAUGUACAAAUCUCUACCUACAA